AUGUUUAAGAAGAACGCCACUUCGUCAGACGUGAAGAAGAGCCUCAGUAAAUGCCUGGACAGCAAGCGAGAUACGCCCACCAGACUCAGGCAUCUGCGAACCGUUUUGGAUAACACUGAUGUGGUGGAGCUCAAAUCCUUCCUUGAUGUCAACUUCAGCCCAGUGUUUCACAUCUUCUAUGAGGCUUUCAUCACCUUUGAGGGCAACCUUAAACAGAAAGGAACCUUUGCUGUACAGAAGAGCCACAAGGAGGACUUGGAGUGUUCCCUAUUUGUGCUUGACCGCCUCCUGUGCCUGCUACCGGAGAGGUUUGAGAAGAGAUGGCAGUGCAACGCCCUCACUCACAUAUUCAAAAAGAUCCUCCAUCCGGGGAACAUCGUACGUCUCCGCAGGGAUGCUAUGCGACUGUUCAUCAUCUGGUACAUGAUCGUGGGGGACAACAGGACACCAGAGAUGGACCGCAUGUUUGCCUCACUGGUCCCUGGCUUCCCAACACCCCCGCCAGCCUCUGUGUCCCCUGACCUGGGCUGUGGGGGCAUUACCUGUCUAGAGCCCUCACCUGUCAUCCCCCCAUCAAGCACUGAAAAGACCCCACCAGAUGACCUCUCCUCCUAUUUUCUCAGGACACUUCUAGACUAUAUGGUCACACAGGUGCGUCGGGUGGAGUGGCAAGAGCGGACCCAGCAGCCCCGAGCCUUCUCCUACCUCUUCACAAUGUUCAGGAUGUGGUAUAUGCCUCACAUCUUCCCAAACUUCAAUGCAGCAAACACUCUCUACAAGCCAAACCUGGAAUUGCCUGAGCUUCGCAGUAGUCCUGGCGUGAGUCCUUAUGGUACAUGUCAGGUGGCAGUGGUGGAGUGGGUGUGCAAGUUUGUAGUGGCCACGUCCCAGCGCAGCGGCCAGUCUGUCUCAUCAGCAGGGGUCUGA